GCUUGGCGUAGCACGCCUCGCCCCUUCGCUCUUCUGAUGGAGGACCUUCUAGCUGGAGAGCUGGACGAGCGGCCACGAAGGUUACUCCGCGGCGGUUGGACCCUUCGUACCUCCGCCGGCCGCCAGGCCGGGGGAAGCCAGCGGGACCUUCCUCCUGGGAAGCGGCCUCUCCCGACCCCGUCCAGCUCGUGCCUCCGGCAGUCACCGCCACAAUCUACCCCUGGCGGAAACCAGCUGUCACCUAGAAAUGCUACAGGGCGCCCGACAAACAGUCCUUAACUUUCCUUCUGCGUUUUUAGGCGGAAAUAGGACGCAGAGGAUCGAGUUCCUGUUUUGCUGCCUAAUUUGGAGGCUCCAGUUACCGCCGCUGCUUCUCUGGGGCGUCACCUGCCACGCCGUUGUCGGCUCCUUAUGGCGAUCUAGCUUUCAAGGAAAUGCCAACUUUUUGCACCUUUCCAGGAACAGGUCAAACCCUGAGCAGGGCUAUUGUGAAAGAGGAGCCAGACUAGUCUCCUCUCUCGACUUCUGGACUCUCUCCUCUGAAAACCUCAUAGCUGUGUUGCCAACUGAUCCUGUUAAAGAAAAUUAUGUGCGUAAAGUGAAAAACUGUGUUUUCUCAGUUGCCUUCCCCACUCCUUUCCAAUCAAGAGUACGUCUUGUAGCAGUUUCAAAGGAAGUGCUAGAAGAUAUUUUGGACCUUGAUUUAUCUGUCUCAGAAACAGAUGAUUUCAUCCAGCUUGUAAGUGGUGGAAAGAUAGUAUUUGGAUCCAUUCCAUUGGCUCACAGAUAUGGCGGCCACCAGUUUGGGAUAUGGGCAGAUCAACUUGGGGAUGGAAGAGCCCAUCUAAUUGGAAUUUACAUGAACAGGCAAGGUGAAAAAUGGGAGCUCCAGUUAAAAGGCUCAGGAAAGACUCCAUACUCCCGAAAUGGCGAUGGCAGAGCCAUCCUUCGUUCCUCUGUGAGAGAAUUUCUGUGUAGUGAAGCUCUGCAUUAUCUCGGAAUUCCCACCAGCAGAGCUGCAAGUCUGGUUGUGAGUGAUGAUGUGGUAUGGAGAGAUCAAUUCUACAAUGGAAACCUUGCAAAAGAACGAGGUGCAGUAGUGCUGCGUGUUGCAAAAUCCUGGUUUAGAAUUGGAUCAUUGGAAAUUUUGACUCAUUAUGGUGAACUGGAUUUACUAAGGAUGUUAUUAGACUUCAUCAUACAGGAGUACUUCCCUUUAGUAGAUGUCAAGGAACCUAACAGAUACGUGGACUUUUUUUCUAUUGUGGUGUUUGAGACGGCACAGCUCAUUGCCUUGUGGAUGUCUGUUGGUUUUGCUCAUGGUGUUUGUAAUACUGAUAACUUCAGUUUGUUAUCCAUUACAAUUGACUAUGGUCCAUUUGGUUUUAUGGAGGCAUAUAAUCCAGAUUUUGUACCAAACACAUCUGAUGAUGAAAGAAGAUAUAAAAUAGGAAAUCAGGCCAAUAUUGGGAUGUUUAAUUUAAACAAGUUGUUACAAGCGAUAAACCCAUUAUUGAAUCCUAGGCAAAAGCAGCUUGCCACUCAGAUUCUUAAGGAGUAUCCUGUUCUUUAUUAUACAAGAUUUAGAGAACUGUUCAAAGCCAAAUUGGGAUUACUUGGAAAAAACGAGGGUGAUGAUGAUUUAAUUGCAUUUCUCUUACAUCUCAUGGAAAAGACAGAAGCUGACUUUACCAUGACAUUUCGGCAGCUCAGUGAGAUCACUCAAAGCCAAUUACAGGAACUAGUCAUUCCUCAGGAAUUCUGGGCACUGAAAAUGAUCUCAAAGCACAGACUCUUUCCUGCCUGGGUGUCCCAGUACCUUUCGAGACUAAAGAGUAACAUCAGUGACUCAGAUUCUGAAAGAAGAAAAAGAAUGACAGCUGUUAAUCCUAGAUACGUGCUGAAGAACUGGAUGGCAGAAUCCGCAGUGCAAAAAGCAGAAAGGAACGAUUUUUCAGAGACUUACUAAACCACAUCAUUGCUAGCACUAGCUUCUCAGAAUUCUCACUGCCUGGUCUCUUUCUUUUUUAAAAAUCAGUGGAGCAUUUUCUCGUAUUUCAAAAUUUAUUCUUUAAUGUGUUUAAAAAUUUAAGUAUUCAUUUGAUAUCACAUACCUACGUUAUUUGAACUCCCAAGGGUCUGGUUCUGCUAUUCACUGUUCACAUUGGGGGUUUUGGAUUUUAGUCUCAGAAAUCUGGUGAAGCCUGAUAUGAGCAUCUCUCCAAAGGGGAUUAGGUUUUGUUUUCACCAGGCUUCCAUGGUUCUAGCAACCUGGGUCCACCGAAAUGAGUCUUGACAUCCGUGAAGAUGAAGGCACCAUCUACACUCUUCAGCUUGGAUGACUCUCACAUGUAUUAGCAAAAUAAGCAAAGGAAUACAUACAGAGUGUCACCACCCCAAUUUCAUGUAAUACAUGUAAAAUCCUAUGUUUUUAGGAUACAUCCAUAUAUAAUAAAAGUAACAAAAAUGAAGAGAGACGAUAACAUCACCUUUGGCCAGUGAUUGCUUAGCAACAAGGAGGAAGUUUGGGUUAGGGAAGGAUACUCAGGGCUUCAGCCAUGCGGGAAGCAUUUUAUUUCUGAAGCUGAGUAGAGGGCACACAGGUGUUUGUUUUUAUUAUUCUGUAUACCUUCUAUGUCUCAAAUAUUUCCUAACAGUUUAAAAAUGCAUUACACACAAUUAUUUUUUAGAAGAGGAAUGGUCCUGGCACUCGUGCUGUCCCUCUUCAGUCCUGCAGACACUAUUGAUGAUUACGGCCCUCUUCUGUCCCACAUGGGUCACAGCCUCAGAAUCUUCUUCAUCACAGCGUACUGUGUAGUCACCACAACUCACCAGAGCGGGCAUGACAGAGAAACUGUUCUUGCCAUUUCUAGUGUGGAGCUUGCAUUAACUUUUCAUUUCAGUAGUUCAGUUAGCCUAACAAAAUCCAGGUUUUCAUCUUAGAAAAUAAAAUAUUUUAAAGUGUAACCUUCUUAGAGUAUUAGGGAAAAACAAAGAGAAAGGAGUUGUCGGUGUUAUCUUUAGAUAAAUCAGUCUAAGCUGAGGAACUAAACAGUGUUUAAUAAGGUGUUUUGUUGGCUUGCUUUGCCUUCCUUCCCUCUCUUUUGUUCACUCUCUCUUUUCUCUCUCCUCAAAAUUAUAUUUAAGUAAGGAUGCAGUGUCCACCGUGGGAGGGGAGAUGUCUUCCUAGGUUUAAGUGAACAUUCAUCUUCCUAAGACUAUUAUAGGCUGCUCUUGGCCCCACUUGAUUCAGAAAGACAUAGGACAGAAACACAGCUUACCAGCAGGCACCAUCCGGUUCCUCCUUGGCAGUUCUUGCAGGGUCCACACAGGCAGGCAGGGACAGCGUAAGGCGCAGGUGCAGGAGGACACGAUCCACACUGGGAAGACGCAGGGGUGGCCCUGGCUGGAAAGCUGCGUGUUGCACACAAACCAGUGGCUCCUGUAACAGCUCCACGGGCAUAGUUUCCAGUAGCCCCGCAAGAGACCUGCCUCAUCCCACGAGUCCUCACACUAAAGGAAGCCCGGCGUUCUCUCCGGUGUGUUCACAGUUCUCCCAGGCCAAGUGUUAUUUGUCAGUCGUGAGCCAUGUUGUAUGGUGAUACAGUGGACAAACCACUUAGCAGGUUAUUAGGGAACAGACCCAGAAAGUUAACCAAGGGUUAAAUUCUCAUUGCAGGAAAAAGAUUUUGUCAAGCCUUUAGACCUAUUACCCUUGACACAUACCUCUUGUGUUUACCUUUCUGCAUCAAACAUUUCUUGAGAAUCCACUCUCUUCAAGGUGCUGUGGAAAAGUAUAAAAAUAUAUUCAGGGAGCUUUUAAACUAGCAGGUGAGAUUAGGUAGGUUUAAUAUAGGUUAUCCAUACUUUUUAAAUUGAGGUAUAGUUGGCAUGUAACAUUUUGUUUAUUUCAGGUAUAGAGCCUAAUGAUCUGAUACUUGUGUAUUUUGUGAAAUGCUUACCACAGUAAGUCUCAUUUACAUCCGUCCACAUACAUAGCUACAUUUUUUUUUUCUUGUGAUUAGGACUUUUGAGAGCCUUUUUUUGAGAUUCUCUUAGCAACUUUCAAAUACAGUACAGUAUUAUUAACUAUAGUCACCAUACUGUAUAUCCCCAUGACUUAAUUAUUUUAUAACUAAAUGAAAAUACACAUUUCGAUCCCAGAAUUUAUUGUUGAAAGAGGUGAGUUCUUUGAUUCCUCAGUUUACAUCACAGGGCAAAAUUGCAAAUGAGGAAGCAGCGUCAGUUGGAAUCCAUCCAUACCCUUGAUCUGGAAAUAGUGUAAAUCACUGACAUCCUCUUAUUUUUAUAAAUAUUUUAGAAAAUUAUAAUUCUCUUAAUGCUGUGAAGGAAUUAAGAAAUGAUGAGGAUAUAUGCAUACUCUUCAUGACACUGUACAUAUUCACUCUCCUGUUUUAGCAAAAAAACUAGUACCUAAGGAACUUCCUGUGGAACAACAGAAAUGUUAAGUAACAGCCAUAGUUGAAGUUGUAAUGAAACAGAAAAUGUUUAAGCAGCUUCAUAUACAUUUAAAAUUUACCUAGUUGUUUCGAAAAUUUAGAAAAUUCAUAAGGGGCCUAGUAAGAGAAUCUGUAUUUAUCUAGUUUAAAUUGCU